AUGCUUACGUCUCGGUUACCAGUCGUUCAGUACCGAGUCAGACCACGACAUUUGGCUCGCUACUUCUGGAAGAAUCUGUUACUCCAACCCCAGACUCGACCGUUAAGCCUCUUGCAAACCCCACGUCACCAGACACCUAGGACCGGGGCCAAUCUGCAACGAUGCCGAUAUGUUCACCAAAGCUACCGCAAUGUGUCAACUACAGGCCAAACGCCAGAGAGCUUAAAGAGUCAGGCUCCUCAAACUCCAGGUCGCGGCUUUGCGGUUAAGUCCCUGUACCGCUUCGAGCAAGCCCAACCCUUCAAGGUCCUCAUCCUCGGCGGCUCUUAUGCCGGCCUCGCAGCGGCCCUGAACCUAGUCGACCUUUGCCACGGUAGACGGCACCGCUUCUCUAUUACUGAAGGGGACAACGGCACCGGGAAGAGAAUCCCCGUGCAGGUGACCAUAGUUGAUCCCCGUGAUGGCUACUACCACCUAAUCGGCCAACCCCUCGCGCUCUCUUCCCAAGAAUUUGCCAAGUCCUUUUGGAUCAAAUACACCGAUAUCCCCGCCCUCCAGACCCCCGAAAUUCGCUGCGUACAGGGGAGCAUCGACUCCUUAGACUGCACGGCAAAGACAGCCACAAUUGCGACUGAAAGCGGUGCCGUCCAAGAGAAAUAUGAUUACCUGAUUGCCUGCACUGGACUGCGUCGCGAGUUUCCAAGUGCUCCGCGCUCGCUCACGCGGGAGACGUAUCUCGCUGAGACGGCGGAGAAUCUAGCGAAUAUUCGAGGUGCGGAAAAGGGAGUUGCUGUUAUUGGGGGUGGCGCCGUUGGGAUCGAAAUCGCCGCCGAAUGCAAGAUGCUGCAUCCCGACACCCCCGUAACCUUAAUCCAUUCCCGCAGCUCCCUACUUUCAUCUGAGCCCCUCCCCGCCGAGUUCGCCUCCAAAGCCUUGGAGGCCCUCCGCGGAAACAGCGUGAACGUUAUCCUCGGUGCCAGAGUCACCUCCAUUACAGAGAAAGACUCAGCCCAGAACCAAACCUUGACCCUCACCACCAAUGAAACCCUAACUGCCAGCCAUGUCAUCAACGCCGUCUCUCGCUAUACACCCACAGCGCCUUCCUUCCUACCCGCCUCCGUCUGCGAUGAGCAUGGCUACAUCCGCAUUACACCAACCCUUGAAUUCCCCUCUGACUCAGUACUUCCGGCUUCCGUCGCAGGAGACCACUACGCAGCCGGCGAUGUCGCGCGGUGGUCCGGCGUUAAGCGCGCAGGCGCUGCAAUGCACCAGGGCCACUAUGCAGCGCGGAACAUCCACCAGAAGCUCAUGCAAAGAGUGUACGGCACAACCCCGGAGUUUGUGAGGCUCGAUGAAGUUGAGCCCGGGAUGGGACUGGCCGUGGGCAAGAGGGCCGUCGCGUAUUUCCCAAGUAUGGGGUUAAGUGAGGGCGAGGAGACGAGAGAGAUGUUCUUCCAAGGAGACCUGGGGUUUAUGAUUUGUUACAAGUGGAUGCAGCUAGGGACGCCGAUGCCGCCGCCUGUUGCUGAUGCUCCUGCUUCUACUCCAGAAGACAAGCCUGUUAAUGUUGCGACGACGUCGAGGACUGUGGAGGCUGCUGCUUAA